CUUCUUUCUUUUCUUCUGUGUAUGGACUAGUAUUGCGUCCUUAGAAAUUAAGGGUCAAGUAUGGAUAAGAUAAAAAUAUUGGGGGCCGAAUUGCAAAUAUUCGUGAUAUUUUAGCUGUAUGGUUUGGGUUCCGAUCACAAAGAGAAUCGAAUCGAAUCGAGCUACUUUCUCCGCCGGCUUUGCUCUGUUAUUGUGAUCGUUCGCUUACCAAAUCCGAACAAGUAUCGAUGUCGAGCUCAGGCCAAACGCAGUUCCGUUAUACGCAGACGCCGUCGAAGGUGGUGCACCUGCGGAAUCUUCCAUGGGAAUGCGUCGAAGAGGAGCUCAUCGACCUUUGUAAACGAUUCGGCAAGAUCGUCAAUACCAAGAGCAAUGUCGGCGCCAAUCGCAAUCAAGCUUUCGUCGAAUUUGCUGACUUGAAUCAAGCUAUAUCAAUGGUUUCGUAUUAUGCUUCAUCUUCAGAGCCCGCACAGAUUCGGGGCAAAACUGUCUAUAUUCAGUACUCUAAUCGCCAUGAAAUUGUUAACAAUCAGAGUCCUGGAGAUGUCCCUGGAAAUGUCCUCUUGGUUACCUUUGAAGGAGUGGAAUCUCACGAAGUCAGCAUCGAUGUCAUCCAUCUGAUGUUGAUGCCUCUUUAUUAAAAUCUUUCUGGAGAGAGUUUGGAAAUAGUAUCGUGUUCGUCAUUCUCCUAUCUAUGGUCUAUCAUGCCCAUAAGUGGACAGGUAUUUUCUGCUUUUGGAUUUGUGCACAAAAUUGCCACUUUUGAGAAAGCUGCUGGUUUCCAGGCACUAGUUCAAUUUAGUGAUGUGGAGACUGCAUCUGCGGCAAGGAAUGCGUUGGAUGGCAGAAGUAUACCCAGAUAUUUGCUUCCAGAACAUGUUGGUUCGUGCAAUUUGCGAAUGUCUUAUUCAGCUCAUACUGAUCUCAACAUCAAGUUUCAGUCCCACCGGAGCAGAGAUUACACAAAUCCAUACCUUCCAGUAAAUCACACCGCAAUGGAUGGGUCUAUGCAGCCUGCUUUAGGUGCUGAUGGCAAGAAAGUUGAAUCUCAGAGCAACGUCCUUCUCGGUUUGAUUGAGAAUAUGCAGUAUGCUGUCACUGUGGAUGUUCUUCACACGGUGUUUUCUGCAUAUGGAACUGUCCAGAAGAUUGCUAUAUUUGAGAAGAACGGUUCAACGCAAGCAUUAAUUCAAUACUCUGAUAUACCAACAGCAGCAAUAGCCAAAGAAGCACUGGAAGGACACUGCAUUUAUGACGGUGGCUACUGUAAGCUUCGACUAUCAUACUCUCGUCAUACUGAUCUCAAUGUUAAGGCUUUUAGCGACAAAAGCAGAGACUAUACACUCCCCGAUCUAAGCCUACUUGCACAGAAGGGUCCCGGAGUGUCGGCUUCUGCUCCACCAACAGGUUGGCAGAACCCGCAAGUGCAAACUCAAUACUCAGGCUAUGGUGGAAGCCCAUAUAUGUACCCAUCAUCUGAUCCCAAUGGGGCUUCACCCUCAGGUCAUCCUCCUUACUAUGGUUGAGUUUACUUAAAAUUUCGGAUUUUGCUGCCACUGGGGAGUGUUUCCAUGUUUAGGUUUGUUUGAGGUAAAAGUGUGAUUGUUUUUCUUUUGGUAUUGCAUAUUUUAAGUGGGAAACCCAAUAAUAAAUCGAAACACGUUCCAAGCGCCAAUGUUACGCUUGCUAAUAGAUUCAAAAGUCAUAGAAUAUGACUCAUUGAUGCA